AUGGGUGAAAUCCAAAUUGUCUUCCAAGCAUCGCUGCAUCUUGUUGGCCUCUUUGGUUCUACUGCCGAAGCAUCAUGGGAUGCAAGUUUGAAAGCCUCUCAUGCUGUUGAUGCUACAUUAGCAUUUGGUUGGGAACAACAAUUUUGGUUUAGACUGACUGAAUAUUUGAAGAAAUACUAUAGAGAGGGAAAUUUACCACAGAUAAUCCGAUGGGGACAGUUAAAGUUUUUAAGUCACAUCAUGCAGAAGAAAAGAAUGGAAAAUCUAACAACUAAUGGAAAGAUUGCAGGAAAAAGAGAUCGCAGUCAACAACGAAUCACAUUCGUGAAGUCCUUGUGUCGCUUGUUGAAUAUCACCACAUUUCAACUACUACAUAGUGUUAAAGAUCGGGUUUUGUGGAUGUCGAUGGUCGCCAAUGUGCUGAAAGAAUAA